CAGAAAUUACUGAGCUACAGCCAAAAUGAAAUUCUUUAUUGCAUUCGCUUGCCUAUUGGCAGUUGCUUUCGCCAACGAGGAUGCUAAUGUGCUUAAAAGCGAACAAGCAGUUGAGCCUGAUCAAUUCCAAUAUGUGCUGGAACUCGACAAUGGCGUGAGCCUACAACAGCAGGGUCGCUUGGAGGGUGAUGAUGUCUGGAAAGUCGAUGGUUCUUUCAAAUUCAUUUCACCUGAAGGCGAGGAAGUCAGUUUGGCUUAUAAUGCUGAUGAGACUGGUUACCAUCCAGAUCCCAACAACAAAUGGAUCCACCCAAUCCCAGCCCCUAUCCUCAAGUCUAUUGAAUACAUUAAGAACCAUCCAAGCAAGGAAUAAGCUACACAUAUUUGUAGUGAAAUUUUUCGUUUCUUUUUAUUUGCCAAUGAAAAUGCAUGGACAAAUGUGAUAUAACAAGA